GAGAGAGAGAGAGAGAGAGAGACUUGCAGCUCUCGUCAAAGGAGUACCAAUUCAGCAAGUAAGAGAAACUUUUACCAUCAAUUGUCUGGCCUUGAAACCCAUAAAGAUCCUCCACUGCCACUUCUACUUUGAGAGGAGCUUCUGAGACUCUCUGCUCCUUGUUGGCCAUGGCCACCAAUGACAACCAUCCAACAUGGGUUGCCUAUGAGCCAACCAAGGACUGCUCUUUGGGCUUCUGUAGCUUCUACUGCCCCCAGUGGUGCUCUGUUAUCUUCUCACCCCCUCCUCCCGUCCAAUUCGCCGACGAGGGCUCCGGUCGGACCUUCUCGCCCCUCGUGAUCGCCGUCAUCGGAAUCCUCACGAGCGCCUUCCUCAUCGUCAGCUACUACGCCAUCGUCUCCAAGUACUGCGGCACCUUCAGCUCGCGACGGUGGUGGUGGCCCAGGCCUGGGCACGGCACAGGCACCGACGACGAUGAGCUCGACAGCAACCUGGGACAAGAUGGAACAUGGCAUUUCUCCCCAACGAAUGGGCUCGACGAGGCCCUGAUCAGUAAGAUCACGGUCUGCAAAUACAAGAGAGACGACGGCCUGAUCGAGGUUACCGACUGCGCGGUGUGCCUGGGCGAGUUCCGGAAAGACGACACCCUCCGGUUGCUCCCCAAGUGCAGCCAUGCCUUCCACGUUCCGUGCAUCGAUACUUGGUUGAGGUCACACUCCAACUGUCCUCUCUGUCGAGCCAAUAUCGUGCCUGUGACUUCGGCGGCGCCGCUGCAGUUGCCAGCUCCUCCUCCACAACAGACGGAGAACAAUAUUCCGAUCAGGGAGGGCGAGCACGAGGAUGAGGUGGUUUUAGUCAUCCCCGACGGAGACGAAGAGACAGAAUUGCCUAAGAAUCCCUCGCGAAUUCACUGCAGCUCCGGAGAGAUGGAGGACGGCAGUACGGUGGUCGGGACUAGAGACGGUGAUCUGCAGCCGAUAAGGCGAUCGCUGUCGAUGGACUGUUCGUAUCGCGACGGGGUUUCGAUCGUCGAAUUGUUGCAGAUGACCUAUGCGAGUUCGUCAAGACGGUGGGGAGGAGAGCACAGAAAGAACAGUAGCAGCACGAGCGGGCCGCACGGUGUGAUGAGCCCCGCCCCGAUGAAACGAUCCUUCUCUAGUGGCAGAGUGUGGUUGACAAGGCAGGCGAAGGGAAGCAAUUCAAUGCUCCCAGUGUGAGAUUCCAUGAAGGACUCGAUGUACACUUCCCUUCCAUAAAGUGUAUAGAGCAGACACAAAAAAGAACAUCACAGUGACUUCCUGCUUUCUCCAGCAACAUGUUUUGGCUUACAUGAGUUCAAAUCCUAUCUUCCGUCU